CACGAUCGACCGGUCCUCACGUCUUCACCCACAAAAUUACCAAGAUGGAGUACGCUGCACCUGCGCUGUAUUGGUUUGCUGUCGCGGGCGCUGGUGGCGCAUGCCUGAAGCACUGGCUCACGCCCGAGACAAUGCUGCGCGAGCUGACGCCGGUUGCCUUUCGCGGCGGUGCAACGCUGUCGCCCGAAGGUCGCUGGUGGGGCUCGUACGCCGCCGGAGCCAUGAACCUGGGCAUCUUUGUCAACGGCGUGUGGGUUGGGCUCUACGGCGACCGAGUUGCCCGCCAGGGUCACUUGCUGGGGACGGCAGCGUUGUUUGCCGGAUUUGCCGCUGCCUGGGCGACGCAGGGCCACACGACCGGCAUGAAAAACCACCGUGCACAGGCAGUCAAAGUGACGUGCAUUGGCGCUCUUAUUCUGACUGGGUUUCUUCUCCAGUGAGACGAUGUGAGACGAUGAUCAAGCAAGGAGUGAUUUUCAUUUUGACAAGCAAAUUCACGUAUCCAGUCCGAUGCUGAUGCUGGGAUUGUAUCGAUGCCGAUGCUGUCCAAGUGCACUUGUUGAAUAUACACACUCCAUUUUAGUU